AUGGCGCCCACCUCCCUGCCUGCAGAAGACAGCAAAGCAGUGACUCCCAGGUACACGAGAGGCCUGCGCCCCGGGCACGGCGCUCGCUCUAGUCCAGUUCCCGACCCUCGACUCGUCGAUCCAGUUAUUACGAGUCGCUCCAGUCCAGUUCCCGACCCUCGACUCGUCGAUCCAGUUAUUACGAGUCACUCCAGUCCAGUUCCCGACCCUCGACUCGUCGAGCCAGUCAUUACGAGUCGCUCCAGUCCAGUCCUGGUGGAAGCCAUGAUGGAGAACAUCUGGGUGUGCGUGUCCCGAGAGUUCAGCGAGACGGAUCUUCUCAGAAAUAUCGUUAAAGGUUCUGGUGGAAGCCAUGAUGGAGAACAGAGCAGGAGUCUGCUGGAGCCCUUGGUGGAGGAUCUCGUGAGAGGGAAAAAGUUCUUGCUGGUGUUGGAUGAUGUUUGGGAUGCUCAUAUCUGGGACGACUUGCUCCGCAAUCCUUUGCAGGGAGGAGCAGCAGGCAGCAGGGUGCUGGUGACCACCAGAAACGCAGGGAUCGCGAGGCAAAUGAAGGCGGCCCACGUCCACGAGAUGAAGCUGCUGCCUCCGGAGGACGGCUGGUCCCUCCUGUGCAAGAAGGCGACGAUGAAUGCAGAGGAGGAAAUUGAUGCCCAAGAUCUCAAGGACACAGGCAUGAAGAUUGUUGGGAAAUGCGGAGGGCUUCCCCUGGCCAUCAAGACCAUCGGAGGGGUCCUCCUCGAUAGAGGACUCAACAGAAGUGCGUGGGAGGAAGUUCUCCGCAGCGCCGCAUGGUCACGGACCGGGCUUCCCGAAGGUGUGCACGGAGCACUGUAUCUGAGCUACCAAGACUUGCCGUCACAUCUCAAGCAAUGCUUUCUCUACUGUGCCUUGUUCCAAGAAAACUAUGUGUUUCGUAGGCCUACCAUCGUCAGAUUAUGGAUAGCCGAGGGGUUUGUCGAAGCCCGAGGAGAUGUCAGCUUGGAGGAAACAGGGGAGCAAUAUUACAAAGAGCUGCUUCGUAGGAGCCUUCUAAAAUCGCAACCUUACGGUCUGGACUACGAUGAGCCUUCCAAGAUGCAUGACCUGCUGCGAUCGCUUGGUCAUUUCCUAUCGAGAGAUGAGAGCUUGUUAAUUAGUGACGUUCAAAACGAGUGGAGAAGUGCUGCCGCCACCAUGAAGCUGCGUCGGUUGUCGAUUGUGGCCAAUGAAACCAUGGACUUACAGGAUCUCGUCAGUUCGACCAUGCAACAUGAGUCAGUGAGGUCAUUGUUGGUGGAGAGACCAAGUGGCCAUGCGGAGGAUAUAGAUAAGUACUUGAAGGACUUCGUGCGACUUAGAGUCCUCCAUCUUAUGGCCACAAAUAUCCAGAGCCUAUCGCAAGAUAUCGGAAAUUUGAUACACUUGAGAUACUUGGAUGUGUCUCAUAGCCAUAUAACGGAGCUUCCAGAAAGCAUAUGCAAUCUGACGAAUUUGCAGUUUUUGAUCCUCAAAGGAUGUAAGAAGUUGACGCAUAUCCCCCAGGGCAUAGAUAGGCUAGUCAAUCUAAGGUCACUAGAUUUGAGACGUACACGCCUGGAGAGCUUACCAUGUGGAAUAGGAAGGUUGAAGCACCUCAAUGAACUCGUAGGAUUCGUGAUGGACACGGCUACUGGUUCGUGCCCAUUGGAAGAAUUAGGCAGCCUCCAGGAGCUCAGAUACCUCUCCAUUUGUAAGUUGGAGAAUGCGUGCAUGGAAGCUGAAUCAAGAAGGGAUACAAGCGGAUUAAUAGGUAACCAAAAACUGAAGCAUCUGCGCUUAGAAUGCUCAGACAGGCCGACAUCCGAUGGUUCCAAGAAGGAAGAGAUUGAAAAAAUCGAGAAGGUGUUGGAUGUGGCACUUCAUCCACCAUCAUCUGUUGUUUCUCUCACGUUAGAGAAGUUCUUGGGCCUCCGGUACCCCGUCUGGAUGGCGUCUGCAAGCAUCAGUUCGCUUCUUCCAAACAUAAGCCGCUUGGAACUAAUUGACUGCGUUCAUUGGCCACUGCUUCCACCACUAGGCAAGCUAACCAGUUUGGAGUUUCUUAAAAUAGGAGGUGCACGUGCAGUGACCACCAUCGGACCGGAAUUUUUUGGGUGUGAAGCUGCUGCUACUGGUCAUGAACGGGAACGGAAUUCAAAGCGCCCUUCUUCUUCUUCUUCUACUUCUCCUCCUUCGUUGUUUCCGAAACUAAGGCAGCUGCAACUCUGGAAUAUGACUAACAUGGAAGUGUGGGAUUGGGUAGCGGAAGGUUUUGCUAUGGGUCGCCUCAACAAAUUGGUCCUCAAAAAUUGCCCCAAGUUGAAGUCUCUACCGGAAGGCCUGAUCCGACAGGCAACCUGCUUAACCACAUUGGAUAUGACCAAUGUGCGUGCUCUCAAGUCCAUCAGAGGUUUCCCUUCUCUAAAAGAACUGAGUAUAAUUGGUAUAUCAGAUCUGGAGAUUGUUACUGAUCUCCCUGCACUGGAGCUCUUGAAGUUGGGCACAUUUGGAUCUCUCAUCAAUCAUUUACCUGAGUGGUUGACGGCUUGCCCUGCAAGCUUCACCACACUCCAGAGACUGGACGUCUACGGAACCACCCAACUCCUCCUCAGAUGCCUCCAAAAUGGCGCAGACUGGCCCAUGAUCAGACACUUUCCAUCUUUUUCCAUCAAAGAUGGCCGAGGUGGCAAUUAUAUAAACUACAUCAAGCAUUCCUGCACCUUCGAGACAAACCUAGUCGAUGAUGAUGAUGAUGAUGAUGCUUUUGCUGCUGCUGCUGAAGAAGAAGAAGAAGAAGAAGAAGAAGAAGAAGAAGAAGAAGAAGAAGAAGAAGGCGUCAAUGAGCUUUGA